GUGUUUUUCGCAUGCUUCGCUGACGAAGCUGUUGUUUGCUCGCUUCAUCGUGGGUUUCCGGAUGGUCCGUUGCCUGCAUUUGUGGCGAAGAUUCUCGAGGAAAUAGCGAAACAUCCGGAAAAAACUGAAUGGCACCAAUACACUCGUGGUUUUGGCCUUCCAAGGCUAACGAGCGUCCUGUCGAGAUUAUAUUCAAAUUUAUUGGGCGUGGAAGUGAAUGCUCAGCAAAAUGUUUUAGUUACGGUUGGCGCCUACCUCUCACUCUAUUAUGCAUUUUUGGGUUGGCUGAAUCAUGGCGAUAAAGUAAUCGUGCUUGAUCCGGCAUUCGAUUGCUAUGUACCUCAAAUUCGAAUGGCUGGCGGAGUACCGAUUUCGGUGGCACUGAGUUUGCCUCCGAAUCCGACGAGCAGUGCCGAUUAUACGCUCAAUUUGAAGGCUAUUGAGGAGAAGAUUGAUAAGCAAACAAAAAUGAUUGUACUGAACAAUCCACAUAAUCCCACUGGAAAACUCUUUACACGAGAAGAGCUGGAAGGCCUGGCAGACAUUGUUCGUCGCCAUAAUUUAUUGGUUGUAGCGGAUGAGGUGUACGAAUGGCAUGUUUAUGAUGGGAAAAAAAUGAUUCGAUUUGCAACUUUGCCGGAUAUGUACGAGCGAACAAUAACGAUUGGUAGUGCCGGGAAAGCAUUCAGCGCUACUGGUUGGAAACUUGGCUGGUCAGUUGCACCGGCCGAUUUGCUUGAACCACUGCGAAGAAUUCAUCAAAAUUGUGUAUUCACUUGUUCAACACCAACUCAGGUUUCUUUUUUUUUUUUAAAUUUUUGCAAUGAAAGUUAUGAAAAGACCUGGAUCUAG